UUCAUAAAUAAAUGAGCGCCAGAUUCGAGGGUUGCUGUUCAAAACACACUGCUUCAUCAAAUGCAGGCAUCUAUAAUUUGAAGUAACUGUGUAAAUCAGUAUGCAUAUUAAGUCGGUCGUGAUCGAUGGCUUUAAGUCAUAUGCACAAAGGACAGAAGUCAGUGGUUUCGAUCCCCUCUUCAACGCAAUUACGGGUUUGAAUGGAAGUGGAAAGUCGAACAUUUUGGAUUCAAUUUGUUUUCUUCUUGGCAUUACAAAUUUGUCACAUGUACGUGCAACAAAUUUGCAAGAACUGGUGUACAAGAAUGGUCAAGCUGGUAUCACAAAGGCGACUGUCAGCAUUACUUUUGACAACAUGGACAAGAAACAGAGUCCUCUUGGAUAUGAACAAUACAAUGAGUUCACAGUCACAAGACAGGUUGUAAUUGGUGGCAGAAAUAAAUACCUCAUCAAUGGUAGCAAUGCUAACAACACCCGUGUCCAGGACUUAUUUAGGUCUGUCCAACUGAAUGUGAACAACCCACACUUCCUCAUCAUGCAGGGACGGAUAACAAAAGUCCUCAACAUGAAACCACCAGAGAUUUUGUCCAUGAUUGAAGAGGCAGCAGGAACUAGAUUGUAUGAAAGUAAAAAGGAAGCUGCUCAGAAAACCAUUGAGAAAAAAGAUGCUAAAUUAAGAGAAAUAGAUACGAUUUUGAAGGAAGACAUUGCACCAACUCUCAGUAAGCUGAAGGAGGAACGGUCAUCCUAUUUGGAAUAUCAGAAGAUAAUUAGAGAAUUGGAACAUCUUAACAAACUCUACGUAGCAUACCAGUUUGUCUGUGCUGAGGAAAGGAAAAAGAAAUCAGCAGAAGACCUGUUACAGAUGCAGGAAGGCAUCAAGGCCCUGAAGGACAGAAUGGUGGAGAUUGAUGGCAAAGUUAAAGAAUUGGAUGGAGUUAUUGAUGCCCUACAGCGUAAGAGGGAUGAGGAAUCUGGUAGUGUGAUGCAGAAGUUAGAGGAAAACCUAAAUGAACAGAAGAAAGCAGAGGCUCUGGCACAAAGUGCUAUUGACAACAAGAAGGAAGGACUGAAAGCAGAGCAAAAAAAGAGAAAAGAGCUCACUAAACACUCGGAGGAUGACAAAAAAACACUGCAGGCCAAAGAGAAGGAAUGUGGUAAGGUGGACAGUACACUGGAGAAGCUACAGGAGCAGAGUAAGAGUGACCAGGAGGCUCAUGUGGCAGCCCAGAAACACUAUCAAGCUGCCACCUCUGGUCUGUCCAAAAACACGGACGGGGAGGAUGCCAGUCUUAACGACCAACUCAUGACUGCCAAGAAUGAUAUCAGUACAGCAGAGACCGAGACAAAGCAGGCUCAAAUGAGGUUAAAGCAUGCCCAACAAGAGAUUAAGAAGAAACAGACAGAUCUGAAGAAAACUGAACAAGGAUACACAAAAGACCAGACUGCUUAUGAAGCUAUCACCAAAAACAUGGCUGGUCUUGAGGCGGAGAUGAAGAAGUUAGGAUUUGAAGAAGGUAAAGAUGACAAAUUAUCUGCGGAAAGGAGAAGCCUCAGUCAACAAGUUCAGAAGCUGCAGGAGAAACUUGAGACACUGGAGGCAAGAUUUCCACAAUUACAGUUUGAGUACAAAGAUCCUGAGAAGAACUUUGAUAGAAGCAAGGUCCAUGGACUUGUAUGUAAACUGAUAAAGGUUGCAAAUGUGAAAAAUGCCACGGCUUUGGAAGUGUCUGCUGGAGGAAAGCUGUACAAUGUGGUUGUAGACACCGAGGUAACGGGUAAAAAGCUGCUACAGAAGGGAGAGCUGAGGCGACGAUACACCAUCAUUCCCCUCAACAAAAUAUCUGCGCGCAGUAUCAAUGCAGACACAGUCAAACGGGCUGAACAACUGGUUGGGAAGGGCAAUGUUAACACUGCUCUGUCCUUGAUUGGGUAUGAGAAGGAUCUUCAAGCUGCUAUGGAGUUUGUGUUUGGCUCAGCAUUUGUAUGUAAGGAUAUGGAUACAGCCAAGAAAGUUACAUUUGAUGAGAGGGUGAUGAAGAAAUCUGUUACAUUGGAGGGUGACUCGUUUGAUCCUGCUGGUACACUAACAGGAGGUGCCAGGGCUCAAACUAGUUCAAUCCUGGAGAAGUUACAGGAGUUUCAGGACAUUCAAGGAGAGCUGCACAGCAAACAACAGAGACUCUCCGAGGUAGAGAGGGAACUGAGCACUCUCACUAAGACUGCUGAGAAAUUUACGAGUAUGAAACAAAAAUACGACCUCAAAGUGCAAGAAGCAGAACUGGUAAAAGCAAGAUUGGAGCAGAGCUCCCAUCACCAACAGUUAGAGGAGAUCAAUUCUCUACAAGCCUCCAUAGAGGAACAGGAAGAACUGCUGAAGAAAGCCAAGGAGACCCAAGAUAAGGCAUCUAAGAAGGUGAAGGACCUCGAAAACAAGAUCAAGAAUGCUAAGGCCGUGAGGGAGCAGGAAUUAAAGGAAGCUCAAACGGCUGUCACAAAGGCCAAGAAAAAGAUGGAGGAAUCCAGCAAAUUGAUGAAGGAAAAAUACCAGGAGGUGGACAGCCUUAAACUCGAGAUAGAAGAGCUAAAGAAAGGAAUCAAGGGUUAUGAGGAACAGCUGGCUACAGUGGCAGAGACCGUUGGACAGUACGAGGCCCAGUUAGAGGAGCUGACAGAGAAGGCCAAGGAAAGCAAGGCAUUGGUGAAAGAGGCCCAAUCGGAGCUAAACAAACAGAAAGAACUGCUGAAGGCUUGUAAUUCAGACAUCAACCAGAAAGUGGAAGAACAGCAUAGCCUCACAAAGGAGCACCAUGCUGCUGAACUAAAGAUUCAAGAAUUGGAACACAAGAUGUCCAAAUUCCAGAGUGACUCCCAGGCCGCUGCCAGACAGGUUGAACAUUUGCUCCAAUCUCAUCAAUGGAUUAUGGACGAGAAGAAGUAUUUCGGUAAGGCAAACACUGCCUAUGACUUCAAGGCUAAUGACCCAAAGGAAGCAGAGAGGCGGAUACAGAAGCUGAUGGAGACGAAGGACAAACUGUCAAAGAGUGUCAACAUGAGGGCAAUGAACAUGUUAGGCAAGGCAGAGGAACAGUAUGCUGAUCUGCUGAAGAAGAGAAAGAUUGUACUACACGAUAAAGCGAAGAUUGCUGCAGUUAUAGCAGAAUUGGAUCAGAAGAAAAACGAAGCAUUAAAAAAGGCAUGGGAACAAGUGAACAAGGACUUUGGCUCUAUUUUCUCCACACUCUUACCUGGAGCGUGUGCUAAACUGAUGCCUCCAGAAGGUCAAACAGUUCUUGAUGGAUUAGAGGUCAAGGUCGGAUUCGGAGAUGUUUGGAAAGAGUCGCUUGGUGAACUGAGUGGAGGACAAAGAUCACUGAUUGCCCUUUCCCUGAUCCUGGCCAUGUUGCUGUUCAAACCUGCACCAAUCUAUAUUCUGGAUGAGGUGGACGCUGCAUUGGACAUCUCACAUACACAGAACAUUGGUCAAAUGAUCCGCUCCCACUUCAAACAUUCACAGUUCAUUGUGGUGUCUUUGAAGGAUGGUAUGUUCAACAAUGCCAAUGUUUUAUACAAGACUAGAUUCGUGGAUGGAGUUUCUACAGUGACUCGUUAUGUGCAGCACUCCAGAUCUGGGUCUUCUUCUGUUGUUUCCAACAAAGAAAAUGAAAAGAUGACAAACAAGAAAAAACAGAACUCCAAACGUGCACGACUUGAAGAAAUCACAAACUGACCAACAUCAAAUUAGCGUGAAAUGAGAAAUAGCAACGUUAACAUCAUUGAUGUCGAACAGAAUUUCAUUGAAUUCAAACUAUUCCUGGGGAAAAAAUGGAUUUAAACAAUUUUCAUCAUCAUGUGGAUUUAUGGUUUAUUAUGGAACCAGACAAAAUGCCAUAAUAGUCUUAUUAUGAAUUACUUAUUGUCUUAUUUAUUUCAUACAUUGACAAUUCAUAUCAAAUGUUUUGUUAAAAUCAGAAACAAUACUUACAAUAGGCUGAUCAAGAUCAUUGCAGAAAUAGUACAACAGAUUUAACAUAUGAUGACCAAUUUUGUCUUUUUUUCUUUUCUUUUUUUUUUUCAAAUUUUUAAUAUUUAUGUCCACAAAAAUAUAUCAUUCAUGUAUAUUCUAUCGCAUAUCAACUCUUAACUUUUUUCAUUCACAAAUUCUUUUUACUUACAUUUCUUUCUUUUCUUUCACUUAUUUUUUCCUCAACAUUCAGUUUGACACAGAACACAAAAAAAGAUGAUACUGUUUAUAUCUCUUUGUUUUUUAUAAUACAAUGCACUUGUUUUACAAUUUGUCUGAUACAGGUAGGUGAACUUAUAAUGGGAUGAUUUGACGCUAAUUUGGACCUAUAAGUUGAAUUCAAACUCUUGCAGAUAAGUUUUCACCAUAACUUACCGAGAGCAUUUGUUUGAUAACAUCUCUCUGGGUCACUCUCUAGUGGUGGACACUUUAAUAGAGUUCGCCUGCCACCUUAGUUUAGGUUAUUGCAGGGAGGUGGAUUUACACAGUUUGAUGUGAAUCAGAAUAGCUUCUUUAUCGCCUAAUUACGAAUAUUUCUCUGAAGAAAUUGAAACCUUUGAAUAUUCAGCUAUGAAUAAUAUUUGGUUUUGUAUAAUUUCCAUAUAUCAUUGAACAUUCAAUAUUUUUUUUAGAAAAUAACAAUACAUUGUA